AUGAUAAAUCUGACAUUGACAAUACUACGGAACGAUAUUUACUUUCGAAUACUGCAUGCGGUGCCAAACACAGAGCGUGCUGAAAGUGUUCUCUUUGAAGAUGAACACAAAAAACAAAACGAAAAUGACAGAUGCCGGACAACGUGUGUGCUCAUGACCGUCUUGCUCGAGCACCAAGGAAAAAGAGAGCGAAGAGACGUAAAACUGCUGCCUCAUGUCCGUUGA